AGAAAAUUUUAAUGUGAUCAUUCUGUAAAAUUCCGUUUUCAGUUGUCUGUUUACUUUAUUAUACAAAUAAAUUGGUGAAAAGUAGUAGUAUUAUUACUAUCAUUCUUAGUAUAAAUUCAUAAGGUUAAAGUAAUUUAAUUGCCGCCGUAUUACUAUUAUAUAGGCUCCAUUCGAUUUUUGUGUACUGAAACAAACUUUGUGCAGUUGUCAUUCUAAUAGUAUGUCAGCAGAGAAGAAAAAUAAGCAGACCUUAGAGUUGGCAUCAUUAGAACCUGCUGUAAGGGUAAAACAAUUGGCAAAUUACGGUACCAUGGUAGAAGUGGAUCCAAACGUCCCACCGAGAAGAUAUUUUCGAUCAGGUCUGGAAAUGGUGAGAAUGGCUAAUGUCUAUCUUGAUGAAGGAAGUUUAGAAAAUGCAUACAUUUUAUAUAUGAAGUACAUGACAUUAUUCUUGGAGAAGAUCCGUAAGCACCCAGAGUAUGGUACUGUACCUGCACAAGUAAAGGCUGUUAAUCAAACUAUGUUAAAGGAAGUUGUACCAAAGGCUGAAAAACUUAAACAGAAGCUAUUGGAUCGGUAUGCUGUAGAACAUGCUCAGUAUAUAAAAGAUCAGGAAAAAAGACUCAAAGCUGAAGAGGAGAGGAGAAAGCAGGAACAUGAUGAUGCUAAGUUAGCAGAGCGCCUACAGGCUGAUGAGAACAGACGAGAUGGACACUCCACCACACCACAUUUAUUAAAUGCCGAGGAGUGGGCGGUAAGUCCGUCGGCGCCGGCGAUGGAUGGAGUGCUGUACCCGGACGACUUCGCGGCUGAGCCGCCGCGCGCACCGCCGCACCACUAUCGGCCCGCGCCGCCGCUCAUACCACCUAAAACGCACAACGAGGGCGGGUUCGGUCCGGCGCCGGCGCUACCACCGCUGUCGGCGUCGCGCCGCGUGCGGCCGGUGCUGGUGCCGGCGGCGCUGCUGCAGCGCUUCCUGCGCCUCGCCGCCGCCAACACCGCGCGCAACGUCGAGACCUGCGGCAUACUUGCCGGCAAGCUGGAGCGGGACCAACUGAAGAUCACCCACGUUAUUAUCCCGAAGCAGACCGGCACAGCAGAUUCCUGUAGCACUAACAAUGAAGAAGAGAUCUUCCACUAUCAGGAUCAGCAUAACCUUAUCACUCUUGGGUGGAUACAUACUCACCCAACACAGACGGCUUUCCUUUCUUCAGUGGACCUUCACACCCAGUGUUCAUAUCAACUUAUGAUGCCGGAGGCUAUUGCUAUUGUAUGCGCUCCAAAAUACAAUGAGACUGGCUACUUCGCCCUUACACCCGAGUAUGGUAUGGAGUUUAUAGCAAACUGUAGGCAGUCUGGCUUCCAUCCACAUCCCAACGAUCCGCCGCUGUUUUAUGAUGUCAAACAUAUACGUUUGGAGGACUCAGCGCCUGUAGAAAUGGUAGAUCUCAGGAGGUGAACUCGAAACUAACUAGUUGGUAUAUUUUUCACUGCAAUGCUUACGAUAAAUAGUUACUACUCAUUGGAAUUUUCCUUUAUAUUAUUUUGUAAAUGUGUCCUACGAUAUUUUUUCUUUGCAAAACUUUAAUACUGAAUCGUAUUUACUGUUAGAGAAACAUAUAUUGUUUUUAGUUUUUGUACAAAUGAAUUGUCUUCUUGUAUAAAUCUGUAAUAAGUGGCGUUUAGCGGUCUAGCUUUAUAAAUUAUUAAGUUUAAUUAUAAAUUAUUUUACGUGGCAUUUAAAUAGUGAUUGCGGUAAUGACUAGGAAUCGGUUAAAUCUUGUAUUUAACAUUACAUUUAUCUUAUUUAUUAAUAAAUAUCAAUUUAUAUGAUGUACUUCUCACGUAGACAUUACGUCUAUGUACUGCCGGUCAAUCAGAUAUUCUUAUACAUAUAUACUGGUCUCGAUUUUAAAGCUAUUCCCUAUGUCUAUUUCUAAAAAAAAAAUUACUGUGAUAUUAUGACGAAAUAAUUUUCCUAAGAACAGUAUGAACAAGAUGUAUAACAGAAUUGAGUUAAAAAGAUUUUUAGUAGUAUUAUAUUAUGGACUACCAAGCUAAAAAAAGGAGUGGUCCCGGCAUAGAAUAGCCAUUUCUCGUGGGGAACUUAAUAGUCGAAGGAUGAGCAUUAGUGUCCCUCUUUAAACAAUACUAAAGCCUAACUGCGGUUGCCGACCCGCCUGCCAAGCAUAGCAACUACUGGCAAAACCCUUCCCUUCUGGGAAGGCCUGUGUUCAGCAGUGGACAGUUAACGGCUGAUGUGGUGAUGAUGAUGAAGCUAUUUGACAUAUAAAAUUAAUACAAUAAUGUGAAAUUACAGGGUACAGAGGAAUAACAUCUGAGUCCUCGGGAAACUCGGGAAUGGCAACGCAUGGGGGGUAUCAUGGGCGAAAUAGUAUACUCUAUUAUGUCCAUGGUACUGCUCACGUCUAUAGGCGACGGUUACCACUUUCCAUCAGGUGGACCGUCAGCUUGUUUGCCAUUCUAAGUUGUAUAAAAAAAAAAAGCUAAAACGGUAAAUACUGCUUUAAACUGACAUCAAAGUUAAAUAUAAGUUUACACGUACUUAUUGUGGUUAUGUUUUUGUUAGUUUCCUCUAUUUUGACAUUGUUAUAAGCGUUCUGGUUACAGGUAGACUGGUUGGCCAAUCUAGCCGUCACUGUCUUGUUGUCUGCUUAAAUGUGCUAACAUGUGUAAGGUUGUAAAUAAGUGCGAUGUAGUUUUAAAAGUAUUCACUUUAAAUUUGGUUCUUGUUAGUCGCAUAUCUUUAAACUGUCGAAUUAAAUUUUUAUUUUUAGGGAUAGGUUUAGGGAAUUGCAUAUAAAAAUCGAUCCCAAUAUAUACUUUCCUAUCUUAGGUUUUUUGAAAAUGCAUCAUUACAUUUAUGUACUUGUGAAAGUAAUAUAUAUAUACAUAUAUAUGAAAUAUUAGAGGUAUAAGAAUACACGGGUGAUAUAAUGUAUUACUGUGAGUCAUAGCCGAAGACUGAUGCUUUAGAUAACUGUUGAAUAUUCGAAUUAUUAUUGUACGUAUUGAUUUUGUUAAUGUUUUGUUUGCGUCACGUAAGUUGAGUGUUGUUGAGGUGAACUAAAAAAAAAAAAUUGUUUCAAUCUUAGAUUAUAUACAUAGAGCAUCGAGCCUUAAAAACGGGUCAACUUUUUGCCAGCUAAUUGUCACAUUAGCUGAUACGUUUUUUAUUAUUGUUCUAUAUACUUAAGCACACAAUGUAUCUUGACGUAUUAUUUAAUAAAUUAGUGUUUACGCAUUAAAAAAUACAGAAAUUAAAUGACAAACAUAAAUAUAGAAGUUAUAAAGAAAUCACUCAUAUCUAUUUAUUACGCAAAGUUGUAUGAAAAAGUUGACUAGUUUUUCUCGAAGCAUUUUUAUGGAGAUACUCUAUUUAUUUAAUCUUGAGGUCUCAACAUACUAAUAACACAGUAUAGGGAAUAAUCAGUGCUCCAACACCUUUGGCAUGUACCAAAAGUUUAUAUGACAAUUCAGGACUCAUUACUCUAUUUAGAUAUGUCCAUUAGAUGACUGUUCAGAAAGAGUUGUCUAGACUGUGCUAAUAUUCUAAAGAGGGUAACAUUUGUUUGUAUGUAUGUUGUAAUCUUUUAAUGUACGGUAUGUUGUAAUAUGACAUAGUAGAUCGCUAGACGUGGGACACGAUCGUUCGCGCUGUGUUAAUUGGAUGUGUUAAUUGGGCGAUAUUAUCACGUUCAAGUGUAACAAUGUAUACACAAGUUGUAUGUAUUGUAUUAUGUAUUACUAUUUAUACCAUUUUUUUUUUCCCUUAAAAAAUGCUAUUUCAUAUUAUUUACAAAGUUAUUAUUUACCUAAAUUCUAUUAUUGUUUACUUUUUUUUUAAGCAUGGAACAAAAUUAUCUCUGUUAUAUCAAAUGCCUUAUAAGUAUUUUUUUUUUGAUGUCUCAUUAUCUUAGAGCCAAGCUCUAGUAAAUUAAUUGUUGACACAAAGAAGACUAAUGAACACGCGGAAUAUUAUGAGGGAUAAGAAUGAGGGGGUGGAGUUGAAGUAGAUAAGGGCUCUGGUUGAGUAUCAGUUUGAAGCUGAACUGGGUUUUGAGAGCCACCAGUUUGCUUGAAAUGGCGCAAUUCGGCUUUAAUAUAUAUUGUAUUUACUAACAUUGUGUAUACGGGUUUCAUAAUUUUAAACCUAGUUUAUAUAAUUUUGUUUCAAAAACAUAAAAUGUUUUGUAACAAUGGCUAAUGUAUUGGUAUUGUUAUAUUUAUUGAAAGAGUUGUAAUUUUGGAUGGGAACAAGGAUUCCGCGUAUUUAAGUUCAGUAUGAAUGUCUGUCCGUGUUGUCGAUAUUGAUUUGGUACCUAACGUGCGGCCAGACAACGUUGUAGUGCAGUGGUAAGAUCAUGCGGAAUAUUUUUUUUUCUCAUCCGUUAUAUAUAAUUGUAAUAGAUACCUGUAUACUAUAUUGUUUAAAAAUGUACUGCUAAUACGUGUCUGAAAUGUAACACGAAAACAAAAUGGUUUCAUUGAUGCAAAAAGAAAACAUUGUAUGUUUAUUAAAAACAAAAAAUAACUAAACGAAACUUACAGUAAAAGGUGACGUUAUGUUAUCAAGUUUAGGUAAUGCGGUGUGUGUUCUGUUAGUACAGUAUAUAAAAAAAAAAUAUUGUUAAACAUUUGUCAUGUGGUACCGGUAUAGAACGGGCCACUCUUCCCUUUCCGUGGAUGUCGUAGGAAGUGACUAAUAGAACUUAAAGGUUGAGGGGUGGACAGUAGCGUUGCUCUUAAAAUAUCACCCAAGCCUAACUACUGUUGCCAACUUGCUUCUCAAGCAUGGCAACUACUGGCAAUACCAUCCCUUAUGAGGAAGUCCUAUUUUCAGCAGUAGAUAUUUAAUAGGUGAUAUAAAAUUGUUACAUAUUUAAAUAUUAUUUUUUAAAGCGAUUUUUAUGGACGGUUUAUGUUUUAACACACGAUAUUCACAAAGUAUUUGUGGUACAUUUCUAAACGAACAUGAAGUGAAUGUAAAUUUUUAAUCGUCACACUCAUCGCUUUGCUUUUUGCACGGGUAAUUUGCACACUGAUAAAUAAUACGGGGAACGAUUCAAUGUGCCAUUUGUAUAGUAACUAAUAAUAAUAAUUGCUAAUAAAUCGUUGUAAUAGAGCUGAGGCUUGCUUUGUAAGUAAAAUAUGGUGUAUACACAUUGGCAUAUUUAAGAUUAUUUUUCAGGGUCUUAUAAAAGACGUAUAAUUUUCGUAGUUUAGAGCUCAGCUCGUACCACGAGAGGUGAACUGGACAGUUCUGGGUGGGCAUGGACCACCUAGUACUCCUUAAAAAUGUGCCUAUGUAUAUACGUUUUUUUGCAAAAGUAAAUGUGUGGUCUGAUGACUGUAAUUGGAACCAACGUUGUAUAAGAUGUUUAAAUAGAACUCAUAGGCGAUAUACAGAUGGAAGCUUGGUACUUCCAGCUGUUGAUGUUAGAAGAUACUGUUUUGUACGUUGAUAAAGAAGAUUAGAUAUUAAUUAACUUUGCUAAAGAGAGCUUUUGUAAUUAGAGUGUUUAAACAUGUUUUUAAGCAGAUCAAUCCGGUGGGCUUUCCCCCGCUUGUUUUCAAGUUUGGAAACUAUCUUUUCACCCAACCGACAAUUUAUAUUAACAAUUUCUGUUAUUACGUAACUAUAUAAUAUGAAGACAAAGUUAACAAGCCACAAAGAUUAUGCCUGGAAUAUCUAUUGUUCGAUUGAACAGACUGUCGAUGAAGUGCUAAACCUGAGAGGUUUAGAAUGAAUUAUAUUUGAUUUUAAAUCUGAAUUUAAUUGAUUGAAACUGAAUUGCAUCUCUCUUUGGUCUUAAACUAUUAUUAAAGCAACUUAAGGAUUUGUUGAACUAUUAAUGAAAGGGUUCAUUAAGAGGUGGUUUAAGUUUUCAUAAAAACUGAGAGCAUUUAAACAGGUAAUGUAAAUAUAAUUUUGUUAUGUUGUUUUAUUUGUUUCGUCACGGCAGAAGGAGUUAAGAUAAUAAAAAAAAAAAAAAAGCGGGGGCAGCCUAAAAUUAUAUUUUUGCCUUUUUUUUUUAUAAACAAUGAGUAUAAACAUACUCAUUGUAUAUAAAAAAAAGGCAUGUGUUUUGUAGAUAAAUGUUAUUUGUUGUACUCAUACAAUCUUACCCUAA